CCCUCGGCAGCCAAAGGUGGUGGCACUCACAGUAGGGUUUUUGGUUGUGUGUAGCUUGUCAUCGUCGGCGGCGAAAUCGAUGCCUCGAAGCCAGUCGCGCUCUCCGUCGUACAGGAGGAGAUAUUCUCCGUCCCCUGUGGGUCAUCGUCACGGCCGCAGAAGCCGAAGGGAUCGAAGCCGCUCACCCUAUUCCAAUUCUACCCGCACCUGGCGAAGAAGUCGCUCCCCAAGUCAUAAGCGUAGAAGAACACGGUCUCCAGCUCCUAGGCAUCGUAGGAGACACAAAAGUAGGAGCUCCUCAUUGUCUCCAUUACCUAAAUCUCGUAGUUCUAGCCCUGUUUCAAAUGAUAAUAAAGCUACCUCUGAUAAACUUAAAAAAGAGGAAGAAGAAAAGAAAAGGCGUCAACAUGAGGAAGAAUUGAAAUUAUUGGAAGAGGAAACUGCACUGAGACUGGAAGAAGCAAUACGGAAAAAUGUUGAGGAGAAGCUAAGUUCAGAGGAAGUGAAGUUAGAAAUAGAAAGGCGCAUAGCAGAGGGUGUGAAAAAAUUGUUUGAUGAUGUCGAAGCUCAACUUGAAAAAGAAAAGGAAGAUGCUCUCAGUGAGGCUAGAAGGAAAGAAGAACAAGCUCGUAAAGAGAGAGAAGAACUGGAUAUGAUGCUUGAGGAAAAUAGAAGGAGAGUUGAAGAGGCUCAGAGAAGAGAAGCCAUAGAGCUGCAAAGGAAGGAGGAAGAACGUCAAAGGGAAUUAGAGAUGAUUCAGAGACAGAAAGAAGAGGCUGCUCGGAGAAAGAAACUUGAAGAGGAGGAAGAAUAUGCCAAUCGCAUGAAUUCUUUGGGUAAGAAUAAGGCCAGGCCAAAGUCUUUUGGUUUUUAACUACAAGUCUGGUGUCAUUGGCACCUCUACUUGUAUCAGUGUACCAUUGACAGAAACCUUGUAUCAUGGAAGAUUUCGAUCUUGUGGUCUAUUACCUCAAAGAAAUGGCUUCAAAUUAGAAAUGAGUUUUCCUGCAGUGAA